AUGGACGGGCACGGGCAGUGGGAAGUGGUGCUCUACAACCCUUUCGAGAAGCAGACUGUGCUGUACAAUCGCUACGACCACACACUACGCAUACUGGACGGCCGUGCCUAUGCCGCACACCACGGACCCAUCCCCAUGCCUGCCCCGCCUCGCCGCAGCAGCAUCGACUACGUCGGGGGCGUGGCGCCGGUGGUGAGGCAAAAGGUGGAGCUGGGCAUAUCGCCGUCGGCCACGCCCGCCUUCCCGCAGGCGAGCGCCGGUGGCGCAGUGCAAGCGUCGCCGCCCGGGGCGAGGCGAUACGUCUCUCCGAGCUAUUUCGAGCUCAUCAACCUGGGGGGUAGCGGUAGUCCGCCGCCGAUGGGCGACGACGAUGACUUGCGCACCGAUUCCUCCGAUGAAUCCGAUCUCAGCAGUAGCAGCGACGAAGAAGACGACCUCCGCAGCGGCGGGUUUGAGCGAAGUCUCGGCGGGGAGGCCGCGCGGCAGGCUCGCGCGCGGCGACAGCGGACGCAGAGCCUGCGGUCGCGGGCCUUCAACCAGGGCUACUACCACAAGUUCUUCGACGAGGAGGCCUGCCUGGGCCGCGGCGCGUUCGGCAGCGUGCAUCUGUGCCACCACGUGCUGGGCGAGGUGAAUCUGGGCAAGUACGCCAUCAAGAAGGUGCCAGUGGGCAACGACCACCCACGGCUCGCAGCGGUGCUGCAGGAGGUGAAAGCGCUCGAGCGGCUGCAGCACCCCAACAUCGUGUCCUACAAGCACUCGUGGCUCGAGCGGACGAAGCCCGCCGACUUCGGGCCGGACAACAUCCCCACUCUCUUCAUCCUCACCGAAUACGCCAACGCGGGCAACCUCCACGACUUCAUCUUCUACAACCCCAACAGGAUUCCUGAAAGUCGGGCGCGUGCUAAGCGGGCCAGCUUUGAGAAGAGGGCCACACUCAACCCCCUGACCAACACGACCACAGCGCGCACGUAUUUCCUGGACAGCACCACCGUUUGGAGUUUCUUCACCGACAUCUGCAACGGCCUCUCCCAUCUCCACCACCGGGGCAUCAUUCAUUGUGAUCUGAAGCCGCAGAACCUGCUGCUGGACAAGUGCGUGGACGCAGUGACGCAGCAGGAGACGACGCGGGUGCUCAUCACCGACUUUGGCAGCGUCAAGUCGCUUCUCCAGGGCGAACGCGCGCCCCGCACCGGCAACACGGGCACCAUCGCCUACAUGGCUCCCGAAGCGUUGAUCACGGACACGUCGGGUCGGUACCUGUACGACUACAAUGAGAAGUCGGACGUGUGGUCGCUGGGCGUGAUUCUGUACGAGCUCUGCUUCUCCGAGUCGCCCUUCCGCAACGUCAACUCCACCGAAGACCUCGAGCGCGAAAUCAUCGGGAGCACGCGGGGGAUUACCGAGUUUCCGUCGACGCCGGUGCCGCGGCCGCACAUCUUCACGUGGCUCAUCCAGUGGAUGAUGCAGGGCGACCCGGCCAAGCGUCCGUCGGUGGACGACAUCCUGGGCAUCCCUGAAGUCAUGCACCACAACACCGGCACCCCGCGCCCUCCCGCGCCGGCGGAGGCGCCGCCGCCGCUGUCGACGGCCCAUCUGCUGGAGCUGCCGCCACAAAUCGUGCAGACCACCAUCCCCUCGGCCUCGUCGUCGUCUUCAUCGCCGUCGUCGGCGUCAGCGUCGUCUGCCGCCACGACCACGACGACCACCUCGGCCAGCGGCGGCAAUCGCUCGACUCUCUUCCGUCGCCGCUCGUCGCAGCUCAUGCCGCCGCCCCUCAGCCCGGCUCGCCGCUCGUCGACACCCUCGGCCUUCUCGCCGUCGAUGCCCGCCGACGACGCCUCCUCGACCGCAGCGUCGCCGGCGUCGGCGGCGCUGUCGAGCGCGACGGCGCUCCUCCAUGCGCUGCGGCUGCCGUCGCCCGUGGUGGCGUUCCUGGCGCCCGCCGUCAACUUCUGCCUGGACAACCUCGACGCCUUCAUGCGACAAUCCCUCUUUGCCACCACGCUCCUCAUCAAGGUCCGUUUGGCGUUGUGCGUGGAUAUGGCGCAAUCGUGGUCGUCGUGGUACAUCCACCUGAUGGUCGCCCUCUCCCUCGGCACCAUGCUCCUGUGCCUGCCCGUCGGGCGGCAUGUGGCGCGUCUGCAGUGGGCCUGCAUCAUCGGGCAGUGGCUGCUGGCGGUGGUGUGGUGGUGGCAAGGUCCCAGCCGCCGGCACGACGCCUACUACCAGGGCGGCGAGGGCGCUGAGGGCGAGUACUCGGGGGCGGGGGUGGUGUGGGAGCUGCUGGUGGUGGCGCUCAUCGAGCUCAUGCUCUCGCUGGUCUUCGUCACCCUCAAGCUCGCCAAGACCGACCGCACGCGCGCCUCCCUACGCGCCUCCCGGGCCAGCACACAACAGCGCAGCGCCCUGCGCACCAGCCUUGGCCACCACUAA